AUGUCGCAAGCAGGAUCCGCAGCAGCCGCAGGAGUCGCAGGCGACGAACAGGACGCGGGCACAGCGCCGAUCCCCGCGGGAGACCCCCCCGCCGCUUCCGCGGGAGUCAACCCUGACGCUUCCGCAUCACUCGAUCCAGCCAAUCGCGGCAAGCAAGCGUCGACAGAACUGCGGGAUCCGGUAGAAGCAGACUCGCUAGAAGCAGCAGCGAAGCCUGGAGAUGUAGGGAUUCGACAUCCCAUUGUCCCGUGCGGGGGUCUCAAAUCUGCCGCACAUUCCAUCCCCGAAGCAGACAUCCCCGUUAUAAGCAGCAUCGGAAGCACGUUCGGCGCUUUCACCGCCGGCUCCGUUCCUCAGGACGGGCUCUUCUUACCGACCCUACCGCAGGUUCGGGUGGAUUUCCCGCCGGGCCACCUGGUUCGGACGACGAGCCAAGACAGCAGCGUGGCGGCCACGCUCGGCAGCCCGACGGGAAGCAUAAUGUCGCUGGAUCAAUUCUCGACGUGCUCGUCGAUUCCGCCUUAUCACAUGUCGCCCGCGCCUUCCUUCACCUCUGACCAGCCUAUGGCGGACUUAGCGGGAUCAGGCCUCGUUACAAGCAGACUCGGUAUAUCGAGCAAGGCGUUGUUUUCCAGCCCCGGGGAGAAGCCAGCAGGGGGGCAGUCGGUGGGCGUGGCGGAGCGGGAAGCAGGGGGGAGCAGGUUCGGCGGGGCAGGCGCAAGCUACCCCGCUCCCGCCACCGUUCAGACGCUCGUCGUGGUUCGGCACGCCGAGCCUAUCGACGAGCAGGACGACGGCUGGGCGGCAGGCUCGGACCGACCCUGGGACCCGCCGCUGUCCGCGCGAGGCGCCAAGGCGGCGGAGGAGGUCGGGCAGGCGCUCAGAGCGCGCGGCUUCGGCGCGGCAAGGAGCAGCGCGCGGGGGGGCGGCGUGGGGAAGGCUGGCGACGAGGGGAAGGCAGCGGUGGAUGGUCAGCAGGCAAAGGGGCAGCAGGAGGGCGCGAGGGAGGGCGAGAGUGGGGCCGAGGGCGAGGGUUCGGGGUCGGGAGCUGUGGUGCGGGUGGUGGUGUCGCCGUUCCGCCGGUGUGUGCAGACGGCCGUUCACAUCGUGGCGGGGCUGCUGGGCGCGCGCACGGGGGAAGGUGCGGAGGGGGAGAAGGGGACGGGGGAAGGGGAAGGGGGGAAGGCGGGCAGCGGAGGCGAGGGGGCAGUGACAGGUGGAACGGCGGAGGGACUGGCGCAAUUUCCGCCUUGGGGCGUCGCUGUCACGCACACAUUUCCUCCCCUCCCUUCCCCUCCCUUCUCUCCCCUCCCUUCCCCUCCCUUCUCUCCCCUCCCUUCCCCUCCCCUCCCCUCCCGUCCCAUUCCCCCCUCCCCCCCUCCAUUCCCUUCGCCCGUCCGCCCUCAGGUGUCAUUCAGCCCCGCCCUGGCAGAAGUGAUCAACACGCGAGCCCUGCGGGGGUCAACGCCCAACACAGGUUCCCUUCCCCUCCACCCUUCCCCCCUUUCCAUUCCACCCUUCCCCCCUUUCCCCUCCACCCUUCCCCCCUUUCCCCUCCACCCUUCCCCCCUUUCCCCUCCACCCUUCCCCCCUUUCCCCUCCACCCUUCCCCCCUUUCCCCUCCACCCUUCCCCCCUUUCCCCUCCACCCUUCCCCCCUUUCCCCUCCACCCUUUCCCCCUUUCCCCUCCACCCUUCCCCCCUUUCCCCUCCACCCUUCCCCCCUUUCCCCUCCACCCUUCCCCCCUUUCCCCUUCACCCUUCCCCCCUUUCCCCUUCACCCUUCCCCCCUUUCUCCUGUCCCUCCAGGUGUCAUUCAGCCGCGCCCUGGCUGAAGCGAGCUUGUGUAUGCACAGUCUCACCUGCUCCCUGCUGCCUGCUCCCUGCUCCCCCCAGCUGCCAUUCGCCUUUGCCCAACGCACAUUUUCCUCUCCUCUUGGUCCGCUCCCAGGUGUCAUUCAGCCCCGCCCUGGCUGAGGUUGUGGCGGCUGCUGUGCACGCUUUGAAUGUCCUUCAGCCCCGCCCCGCCCAACACAGGUUCCCUCCCCCUCCACCCUUCCCCCCCUUUCCCCCUCCUUCCCCUCCACCCUUCCCCCCCUUCCCCCCCCCUCUCUUCCCCUCCGCCCUUCCCCUUUUUCCCAUGUCCCCGCAGGUAUCCUUCAGCCCCGCCCUGGCGGAGGUGAUGAACACGCGUGCCCUGCGGCGGUGCACAGAGGAGCGCCCACCAGCAGCGUCCAUUCCACACAGCAGCAUGGCGGAGCAUGCAGGGCUGGCGGCAGCGGUGGAGGCGGCAGCAGCAGAGGCAUGCAGCAAGGGGUGGGUGCUGGAGGAGGGCGAUUUGAAGGCGCUCUUUCCCCCCGGCACUACCUUCUUGCCAUUUGCUGCUGCUAGUGCCGGUAGUGCUGCUGCUGCUGCUGCUGCUGCCUCUGGAGAGGGGAGGGCAGGCAGGAGUGUGCAUUCUGAGUUCCCCAUCUUCCCGGAAUCUCUCGAGAGUGCACGAGAGCGCUUCAUGCAGGCCUUUGAUGACGUGGCAGCGCUCUUCCCCAGCGACAGCAUCCUAUGCGUGACACAUGGCGACGCCGUAGCAGCCAGCGUGGAGCGUCUCGCCCCUGUCACCGUCGUUGCUGUCGAUUUCUGCGGCUACUCCUGGUCGCAGCGCCGCGCUGCACCGCUCUACACCCAUCCCAGCCGCCUCCACCAUGAUUCUCACCACUUGCACCACCACGCCAGCCUACCGCCGCUGCCCCCACCCCCGCCCCCACCCCCCACUCCUGCGAACGAGCCUGAGAGUCUUGAUGGUGAGGAUGCAGGGUUGGUGGGAUCCAGACAAACGGUGUCAGCCAGUUUUGCCGCGGCUGUAGUUGCGGCUGGAUCCGAGACCGAGGCUGCUGCUGUGGCGGCGGCGGCUGUAGCAGCUGUAGCAGGGCUACAGGCGAGCAGACGGGGUGGGCUGGGUGGUGUGGUGGAGGAGGGGGAGGAAGAGGGGGAAGGGGAGGAAGGUGGGGACGGUUCGGACGGCAGGAGUGGGGGGAAGCAGGGGGCGUUGAGUGACAGUGUGGUGAUUGUAGGAGGGUCGACUGCUUCUGAUAUAAGCACGCACGAGAGUGAGGAGGACGAUAAGGACACGGUGAACAGCAGCAUUGACGUGGGGCCUUCGCUCUCUGAGGUGGCUGAAGGGGAUGAGGAGGGGGAGGAGAGGGGAGCAGGGGAGGAGGGAGAGGAGGUGGGGAGUGAGAGCGGGCAGGAUGGGGUGGGAGGGAGGGGGAGAAGGGAGGCGGGGAGGGGGGUAGGGAUGGAGGUGGGGGAGUGGGAGCUGCUGACGAGUUCAGGGUCCACUGGAGUGUGCUGGAUCUCCAACAUAGCUCUGGCUGCCAGGGAUGAUGAAACUCCCACCAAGGGGCUGGCUUCGUAG